CGGGAGCGCGCGUCCCUUCGCGUCGGUGAUCGAUUGCCCGCGUUCGAAACUUAAAUUCGAAGUUUUGAAUUUUUCGAAUACGUUGGAUUCGAACCGUUUUGUUUGAUUGUUUUUUUUCUGUGAGUGAUGUUUUUUGUUCCUUUUUAUUUGUUGGACGUAAAGAUAUAGUUCCGCCGUAGGACAAUCGGAGUAUUGGAGGCCAAGAUGAGUGGCAGCGGGAUGAGGGGCGGCCGCAGGAUCCCCACUCCAAUGCCGCCGCCCAAGGAAACUAUACAUCAGCCCAGAUCAACACCUCGAUUGGUGGGCUCAGAGGCGUCUUAUAAGCUGAGUUCUUAUGAAAUGGAAGCCCUGAAUGCGGUAAAAUCAACGGCGCCAAAAAUGGAUCGCAACGGCUACUUUUUCUACGUGACAUCAACUGCGAAGAAAAAGAAAAUCAACUUGAUGCAACCAAAGCCGCCUCGAGUGGCGUUCGUUGAGGAAAAGCGUCGGCCAGGGGUGGCUGAGAGAAUUCACACUGGAUAUGCCAGUGUGGCACCGUCUGCCACGGAGAACGGACGUGGUGACUCUAUGUCGCAGCGAGGCCCGUCGCCCGCGCCACGCGCGCGUUUAUACACGCAACUCGAGAGUUAUCAACCGAGGUACCACACGAUUCGUGAUAACAGUGAUAAGAGAGUGGAGAGUGAGUGUAAGAGGAGGAAGGAGAAGAGGAUUGUUGGAUACCCGCAGCCGUCUCCAGUUGUCAGAUCGGAAGAACUAGUUAGACUAUACAUAGACAGAGACCAGCCAGUGCUGUUCUGA